AAUUAGUCAUGAAUGAGGAGCUAAACAAUUGGUUUUAUUCGUUAACAUUGAGUGAAUUACAACAGUAUGUCAUACGGUUGGAGACGGAAAAUGAAAAACUGGUCCGAGAGCUGACCGAAACAAAUAAAUUGAAUUUUAUUUUGGAAAGUAUAGCCAAAAGUACCCAAACAGGGUAUACAUUACUCAGAAGGAUUAUGAUCAACAAAAGUUGUAACUGUAAUGAGCACUUGAAUGUAGAUUUCAGACAAUUGCUCGGCGAGUCUAUCAAAGAAACCAAUCAGUUUCUCAGUCGGCUUCAAAUGUUUCAACAAAAUCUGGAACCGGCCGUCAAUAUCGACGACCGGACAUCUGAGUCGAUACCAUCGUCGUCGGUAUCGCCGUUACAUUCGGAACAUCCGCUUGUCAUCGACCUGUCCAACGACACCACCAACAACAACAGUCAGACGUCAAAAGGAUCGCCAUUUUCAGUGAACUACAGAAGACAGUCAACUGAUGAUAAGGAGUCGUCGUCACUGAUGAGCGAAUCGCCCCACAGUUCCGGCUACGAGUCUAACGAUUAUAAUGCCGAACAUCAAACAGUGGCCAUCACUCGCGUACCGAAUCUAGUCUUUCACAACGACUACAAUUCGACCCAUAAAUCGGAAUCUCAUUUCAGACCAAAAGCCACAAUAACUGCUUCAUCUGUUGCCAAUGUGGCCACUGGUCGUCGGCCGUCAAUAAACAAUGAUUUGCCUCAAAAUCUAACAUUACCUAAGAGUUCGCUUAGAGCACAACAAGUAUCGCCGGCGGCGGCGGCGGGGACACAAUUGCCGCUACCGAUAAUGGCGACCAACACAAUGACCUCAGCUCGAGAGUCGGCCACUAAUACCCAAAAUAACAAUAAUUCAAACGUAUUGUUUACCGCAUCCAAUGGCUCUACAAUCGGUCCAAUCAAUGGCUCGUCACAGCACUUGCCUAAUAGGUGUUCAAAUUGUGACCUAAGCUUUAAUUUGAAGUCUAGUCUCGAUCAGCAUUUGCUCACACAUUUGACCCCAACCUUUACAAUACAAAGAGCGGGUAGAGGACGGCCGGCCAAAAAUGACUCGCGUAUACUACGGGUGACCGAUAGUGAUCUAAACAUAUUGCGUAUGAAUACCGGUGCCGGCGGACGAAUCAGUUUGCAGGCAUUGGAAACACUGAGGCGACAAAAAUUUACCGGCUAUGGCCGAUACCGGUGCCCGUGGCCCGACUGUGGCUAUACGCCACACUUUUUGCGCGAUUUGCGCCGACAUAUGUUUAAGCAUACGGGCGACAAAAAAUACAAAUGCGAUUACGAUGGCUGCGAUUUUAUCACCGUCUGGAAGACCAGUCUACUACAGCACCAGAGAAAAAAACACAAUAUAUCUCCCGAUCCCAGCAAUAUUUUGCCCAAAUCACCCACACCUAAUCAUACAGACAAUUCCAUGCUCAUGUAGAUAGACUAGACUUACCAUUUUACGUACAUAUACAAAACCGACAUACAUUCAACAAUCAUUAACAUAAACAGUUUAUGAGAACCGAGAGACUCGUAUUAGAUUAUAUGUUGGGGCUCUGGGUUGGACAGGUAUAAUAUGUCUAAUCAUAUUUCAAUUGUGUGUCUAUAUAAUGUAUGUGUGUAUGAAAUUAUAUUAUGUGCUGUAUAUAUAUAUACUUUAUUACUAUAUGAUUAAAAGUGUUAUUCAAUUGUUAU